GAGAAAGAAGGAAAGAAGGAAGAGAAGAGGGUGUAACUAUUGUGUGCCACAGUUUCUAUGUAUGCGAGAAAGACUGCGAUGUAUCAGACAUGUAACUGUGAUCACUGUGUCCUUGUGAGUGCUAGGUGUGCUGUUGUGUAACAGAGCUAUCAUGUGACAGUUGUGGGUUGUGGCACUGCUUGUGGGGGAGGGGGAAUCCUUCCUAAUUCCGAGGGAGAGGAAGAGAAAUGAGAAGUGGGGAGAAAAAAGAGAGGGAAGAGACGAGGGAUGAGGACGUUGUGUUGAAUGUGUAGCCUCCUGUGUGCUUAGACCGCAUGGUAAAGCGUAUCCCAGCUGCCUUUGUCCGGGUGCCUAGGCUGCAGAGCCCGCGGCGUGUCCAGGGUCCCUGGGGGUUCGGGGAUCCGGCUCUGACAUUCAAUCUCUGCGUGUCCUCGGGCCGGCUGGCCUCCUCAGGGCCUCAGUUUCUUCGGCCAUUUUCGAAGUCCUUCCUCUUCCAUUCACUCUCCCCUACGGUUCUCCGAUCCACCAGUUGAGGCUCCUGUAGGGGAGCAGCCCAGCAGGGACCAUAGGGGGCGGGUCCCCGACCAUCCAAUCACGUGCAGGGGUGGGGCCCAGUGUUGGGGGGCGGGGCUUCUCUUCAAAGUUGAAGACUCGCACUUGGAGCCGGAGCUGGAAAGCUCGAAGUGAGCCUGAGCCUCGGACUGAUGAUGCUGACCGCAGAUCUCGGCCCGCAGGACGGUGCCUCGAGCGAUCUCGUCCCUUUCCUCAUGGGCCUUAGCACCGCCUUCUACCUGGGCUACUACUGGGCAUGUGUGCCCCAGAAGCCUCGGCUGGUGGGUGGGCCCCAGUUCUGGGCCUUCCUGAAGCAGCAUUGCCCUAUUAUUACGGAAAUAUUCUACCCUACGCCCUGGUGUUUCGAAGGGAGGCUUCAAGUGAAGUCUUGGCCCCCUGUCUCCUUCCGGAGUGAGGUGCUCCAGACACCUGAAGGGGGACAGCUGCUGCUAGACUGGGCCAAAGAACCUGAGACUGGCCAAUACCCUGACCCUGUCAACCGGCCCAUUGUGUUACUGCUCCCAGGCAUCACAGGCAGCAGCCAGGAGACCUAUAUCCUUCACCUAGUAUACCAGGCCACUCUAGAUGGCUACAGAACCGUUGUGUUUAAUAGCCAGGGCUGCUGUGGGGAAGAACUGCUGACCCACAGGGCUUUUUGCACUGCUAACACAGAGGACCUGGAGAUAGUUGUGAAUCACAUAAAGCACCAGUAUCCACAUUCCCCACCGCUGGCUGUAGGAAUCUCACUAGGAGGGGUCCUGGUGCUCAAGCACCUGGCACAGACAGGUAACGAAGCAGGGCUGGUGGCAGCACUGACCCUGUCUGCAUGCUGGGACUCCUUUGAAACCACACGAUCUCUGGAGACACCACUCAACGCACUGCUCUUCAACCAGCACCUCACAGCUGCACUCUGCCGAUUUGUGGGAUGACACAGGAAGGUGAUUGAGGAGAAACUGGAUGUGGACUAUGUGCUUAAGGCCCGUACAAUCCGCCAGUUUGAUGAGUGCUACACCACACUGGCCUUUGGCUAUAAAGACUGUGACACCUACUACCACUCAGCAAGUCCAGGAGCCAAGGUGGAUGCAAUCUGUGUCCCUGUGCUCUGUCUCAAUGCAGCAGAUGAUCCAUUUUUCCUACCUCAAGGUGAGUCCCUUUAUCCUCAGCAAUGA